UAAAUUAAACCUAAAACCAACUUUUACCAAAAUAAUAUUGGCAAACCAUCAAUAUAUAUAUAUAUUUGAGUACUCAAUAACACUAUAAAAAAAUUAAUACCAAAAAUACGCUACUAACUAUAAAAACUAUGAAAUAUAAAAAAAAGUAAUACAUAAAAACAUCUAAUAUAUAUAACUUUUUAUUAUUAUUUGUAUAUACGAUAAAUUUUUGGUAAGGAAUCAAAAAAAUAAUGAUACACAAAAUUAAAAAAAUUACAUGGCCUAGGUUCACAUAUGGCUAUUUUACUUGACGAAUACAUGAAAAAUCUAAUGUAUUACUUAUUUUGGUAUCAUAUUAUAUUUUAAAAUAUUUGAGUUUUUGUUUUCUUGAAUUUCUUGUAUAUUUGGGAUUUGAGUAUGUUUAUCAUUUAAUAAAUUUAUUUUUUGGUUAUUUGAAAAUAUUUUUUUGGGUAUUUAUAGAUUUCAUGGAGUUUUGAGUAUAUAUUUGAAUUUUAAUUAUUUUUGGUUUUUUUAUUUUAAAUUUCUUUGUAUAUUUUUUGACUUUCUGGUAAAAUAUAGAAAAAUACAUAUGGCACUUGACUAUAACAUUUGACUCAUCAAAUAUUAAACAUCUGGCCUCUGAAACUCAACACUCAAUAUGGUUGACCAACAUCUUUUUGGUCAAAACUGAUUUUGGAUUAAAUUUGAUAGUUGGAAUAAUUAUUUGAAAUGAAUAUUAGUAUGGGAUGAAAUUGGCACAAUAAUAAAUUUCAUGUAAAAAAAUCACGGAAAAAAUUGUUGAGGUAGGAAUUAAUCAUUCUCUCUAGAUUUAUGUGAAAAAUUCAAAAUUGUAUGAACUGAAAACCUGAACCCAUAAGAAGUACUAAAAUAUCUGAAGGUAUUUAGUAGGAUAGUAUAAAAUGCAUUCAAACCCAAACUGUAUAAAUCUAAUAAUCGAGAAUAUAUAACAUCUGAAAAUCUAAAUCAAUAUCUAAAAUAUGGAUCGUCUACAUAACAAAGUCGUCUACAGAAUUCUAUAUUUAUUUUGAUGUUAUAUAUAAAAAUGCCUAAACAAAAACUAAAAUUAUUUGAUUUUUAAAUAAGUUUAGAUUAGAAAUGUAUAUCUGAUCCAAAGCAUUCCUAGUUAAACUGACUCCUCUAACAUGUUACUUUUCACUCCUCCAAUAUAUAUAAAAUAUAGAAAUAGUCUCAAAUAUUUUCAAAACAUAUUUUUGUUUCCAAACUGGCAAACAAGGAUCAAAAUGAUCAAAUUAGAAAUGAAUAUAUAGUUGUCAUUCAUCCUACUAAUAAAGUAUAUUUUGGUCAACCUGAUCUUCUAAAUCUAUUUAGAGGGAAAGAAUUUAAAAUGAACUCUCUAAGAGAUUUGUUACCCUCUAAAAUGAAACAUGACCGGGAGACACGUACGUGCAUGAAUGUCUUUUUACUGGGCCUUUUAAUAAAACCGGCCCAUUAUAUCACUCCUUAGUCCUCUCCUAUUACUUCAUCUUCUUCCCGUUGUCAAUUUACUAUUUAUACAGAGGACUAGAGAUCUCUUCGUUUAGGUUUUUUGUCUUCUGCUUGUGGCGGGAAAAAAACAAAGCAUCGGCGGAAAUGGCGAGAGACGACGAGGAGACGCAAGAAGAGAUCAAGGAGCGACUGAUCAACGAAGAGUACAAGACCUGGAAGAGGAACACUCCUUUCCUCUACGAUCUCGUCAUCAGCCACCUCCUUGAGUGGCCUUCCCUUACUGUCGAGUGGCUCCCCGACCGCGAGGAGCCUUCCGGGAAAAACUACUCCGUUCAGAAGAUGAUUCUCGGCACCCACACCCACGUGAACGAGGCUAAUUACCUCAUGCUGGCUCAGGUUCAGCUUCCCCUUGCCGACGCCGAGUACAACGAUGAGAGGGCCAAGUUUGGUUCCGCCACCGGCAAGGUGCAAGUUAUUAAGAAAAUAAAUCACGAAGGGGAGAUGAACCGAGCUCGCUACAUGCCUCAGAACCCUUUCAUGAUUGCUACCAAGACGGUUCGUGGGGAGGUGUAUGUGUUUGAUUACAGCAAGCACCCUUCUAAGCCAGCGCUUGAUGGUGCUUGCAACCCUGAUCUGAGGCUCAGAGGUCACAGCUCUGAAGGGUAUGGCCUGUCUUGGAGUACGCUCAAGCAGGGUCAUUUGCUCAGCGGCGCUAAUGACGCUCAGAUCUGCUUGUGGGAUAUUAACGCCUCUCCUAAGAACAAGACUCUUGACGCUCACCAGAUCUUUAAGGCUCAUGAAGGCGCUGUGGAAGAUGUUGCAUGGCAUCUGAGGCAUGAAUACCUGUUUGGAUCCGUUGGAGAGGAUCAGUAUUUUUUUAUAUGGGAUCUGCGUUCUCCGUCUGCCAGUAAACCAGUACAGUCUGUGGCUGCUCACUCCAGGGAGGUUAACUGCUUAGCCUUCAAUCCACUUAAUGAGUGGAUUGUGGCAACAGGGUCAACUGAUAAGACUGUUAAAGUAUUCGAUCUACGGAGGCUAAGCAGUGCUCUUCACUCACUUGAUGGCCAUAUAGAGGAGGUUUUCCAAGUUGGUUGGAGCCCGAAGAACGAGUCUAUCGUAGCCUCAAGUUGCCUCGGUAGAAGAAUUAUGGUUUGGGAUAUUAACAAGAUUGAUGAGGAGCAGACAGCAGAGGCUGCGGAGGACGGCCCACCAGAGCUGCUGUUUACACAUGGUGGUCACACCGCCAGAAUUUCAGAUUUCUCAUGGAACCCUUGUGACGAUUGGGUAAUUUCCAGUGUAUGUGAGGACAACAUACUCCAAAUAUGGCAAAUGGCUGAGACCAUAUAUCAUGGUGAGGAUGAUGCUCCAGGGGAAGAACCAUUAAGAGGUUCCUAGCUUUAUGGUUAGGUUCCUGUCUUGUUUUAUACAUCUCUUCUUUUGAUCUGCUCCCGUAUUUAUUGUAAUACAUCUCUUUCUUUGAUCUGCUCCCGUAUUUAGUGUAAGUUAUGUAAAAUUAGACAUGAGAUUCCUUGUGACAUGUUGGUUAAAAGAGUUGUUUGUUGUGAA